GGCAUUGCCAGUUAAAUGUUUAAUUACUUAAAAACUCGCGAGAUGGCGGUAUGUUUAGUUUUCGUCGCUUCUCUUUAGUAAAAAAAAGUUACGUUGGUAAUCUUUGACUUUGUUGAUUGAUAUUGCGUCAUUGUUUUGUCUUGUUAUUAUUCAUUCAUUUGUUUAUAUAUAUGCCUUGAUUGGCUGAUUGUUGUAAUAUACAUACUGUGAUUAGGGAAAUAAAUAUUUAUUUCUAUGUAGUGUUUGUUACGGAAUAAUAAUCAAUUGAGACAUGUCGGGUAAAAGUGAUAUAUGGAAUCAUUUCAUAAAAAAAGACUUAGGAGCCUUAGGAGGCACAUGCAAAUAUUGUCACCAGGAAGUAAAAACUAAGGGAAACACAACAAACUUGCGUAAUCAUUUAUUAAGACGCCAUCCAACAAUUAAGACCGUCGAUGAUACGACGUUAGAUAUUGUGCCAGUUCCAGAUUUGCAAAAUGUUGAUAAUUCGGAUACUGAAAGUGUGGCUUCUUCUACUGCCUCUACAUCAGUCUUAAAACAGCAAACAUUGACUUCUUGCUUAACAAAUAUAAAAUCAUUCGGAGAUAAUGGUGUUAAGCGUGGUCAAAUAACCAAUGAAAUAGUCUUCAUGAUAGCAAAAGAUGGCUUACCUCUGAAUACUGUGGAAAAAACAGGAUUUAAUUAUUUAAUGAAAGUAGUAGCACCACUAUAUAAAGUUCCAGCCAGAACAACAAUCACUCACAUGAUUGACGAUAAAUAUGACAUUCUUUCGACACAACUUAAAUUAAAAAUACAAGAAGUAGAAGCACUGUCUUUAACUGCAGAUGUUUGGACCGACUCGCAUAAUAGUCAAAGCUAUUUAGUCUUAACUGGUCAUUGUAUAUAUGAAAAUAAAUGAAUGAGCAUAACUUUUGGUGUAACUGCUCUAA